CGCACUCAGUACGACCGACGGUACAGGCCGCUCCAUGCGCGGCGCGCGCGCGCCUCCUCUGCUCACUAACUGCCACAUUCCUCUAAGUUGUAUCUAGUCAAAAUGGAGUUUUGUGCUAAAUCUAAACAAAAACACCUACAUCAGUGCAGAACUAGGAAAAGUGCAUCAGUUUUGUAAACGUUAACACGCCACGGUCCAAAGAACAAUGCUGUGGGAAAAAAUAACGUUCAGCUGGCAUCGGCAGUCGUUCCCAGCUACCUACCUAACCUCUCUCCCCCCGCCGGGUGCCGGGUUCAAUGCGCCUCUCUGCGUUUAUUCAUCGUUUGUGGGAAAAGUUGACCCCCCGUUUUAAAAAUUAUUGUUAACGAAUUCACACGAUCAGUGGAUUGACUACCGGAUCUUAGAUGAACGGAUUCAAAUUUAAAAAAUCGUGACAAUAUUUAAGUGAAACGAUUCGGACUGAUCUGUUGAAAUAUGAUAUUAAUACCCACCUGGGAUUCAAUUUGGAGUGAGUUAUCAGUGAAUUGACGACCAAUUAGUGAAUGAGGCACCAGUUGAAACAGACUCCAUUAAAAAUGUUUAUUCGAAGAACACCAAGGUUAACAUUCCAAAUCUAAAUUAUUUAUUUUGAGCUUUACCAUGUUUGCCGAGUUUCAACUUCGUCGAAAUUAUUAUCUUAUUGUGCUGCGCAUAGUGUAGUUAUCAGAAGAGGACAAUACUCUAAAAUAGGGCAACGUGUGUCGCGCUCAUGAAUGGAGUUUUAUGACCGUUACAUUUAAAUUACCAAUUUCCGUGCGGAUGUUGUGAAAAAUGUGGAAAAAAAUCUAAUCAUUGUUAGUGAAUAUGUGUAGUGUGUGAAGUGUUUCCAAGAAGACAGUUCCAGUUUACAGCUGCACGAUGGGCAACCAAGGCUCGUCUCCGCACGAGCCUCUGGAUCGCAUCCAGGCUCAAAAUGCAGAUCUCAAAAUGAAGUCGUCGGUGCGGUCGUCGUUCCGGCGGGCGCGCGCGGGCGCGGCGUUGUCCCCGCCGCGCGCCGGCAUGGAGCGCCUGCGCCGCUCGUUCCGCGAGUCGUUCCGCCGGCGCAAGGGCUCCCCGCCCGAGUCGGCGCGCCCGCACCAGUGGCAUGCCGACGAGGCCGCCGUGCGCGCCGGCACCUGCACCUUCCCCGUCAAGUACCUCGGCUGCGUCGAGGUCUUCGAGUCCCGGGGGAUGCAGGUCUGCGAGGAGGCGCUCAAGUUGCUUAGGAAUUCCCGAAGACGACCAGUUCGCGCGGUGCUGCACGUGAGCGGCGACGGGCUGCGAGUGGUGGAGGAGGAAACGAAGGGGCUGAUCGUCGACCAGACCAUCGAGAAGGUGUCCUUCUGCGCGCCCGACCGGAACCAUGAGCGAGGGUUCAGUUACAUCUGCCGGGACGGUACGACGCGGCGGUGGAUGUGUCACGGGUUUCUAGCGUCGCGCGACAGCGGCGAGCGUCUGUCGCACGCGGUAGGGUGCGCGUUCGCCGCGUGUCUCGAGCGCAAGCAACGACGCGACAAGGAGUGUGCCGUGUCUAUGAGCAUCGACGCCGCUAGCCAUGCGUUCACUCGGCAGGGAUCCUUCAGGAAGUCAGGUAUAACGGGCCGGCGCGCGUCGGAGGCGGACGCCAGCAUGUCCCCGGCGGGCGCGGGCGGCGGCGCCGUCAACGCGGCGCUGGCGGCGCUGCCCGCGCACCCCGCCGCGCCCCCGCCCGCGCCCCGCCCCACGCCGCACAACCCCUUCGCCGUGGAGCGCCCGCACGCCGCGCCGCAUCUGCUCGAACGACAGGGCUCCUUCCGCGGCUUCGCGCAUUUGAAUAACAGUUCCCCAUUCAAGCGUCAGAUGUCGCUGCGUAUCAGCGACUUACCGUCGAACAUGGAGCGGCAACGCACGGGCCUCGGGCUCGGCUCGCCGCCGCGAGGGCCGGUCCCAGCCGCCGCUAACCACAGCUUGCCCGAGGAGAACAAUGUUCAACCCAUUGCUGCUAUCGAGGAGAAGAGCAUGGACGACCCGGUGGCGGCGAUGUGCCAGCAGCUGUCGAUGGGGCUGCGCGCGCUGACGGAGGAGGCGGUGCCCGUGGCGCCCGCGGCGCCGGCGCGCGUGGCGGCGGCGCUGCCGCACCCCGACGCGUGGCUGGGCAAGAUCGCCGGCGCCGCCGCGCCCGCGCCCCGCGCGCCCGCGCUCGGCGCCGCCGGCCGCGCCGCCUCCUACGCCGGACACUCCACCAACCCCUUCCUCACACCCGCGCCCACGCCGCUAUAAACGGAAAGCCACGCCUGCGCGGACUCAAGUAGCGGGUGAAUCGCGGCUGGUGAAAACAGCGAACAGUGAGCAGACGUCACUGAAGAGUACCCAGAUACGAAAAACGAAAGCGUCCUUUAAAAAGUAUAUGCCUUUGAUUUCGAACUUGCGAGUCAAUCGCUCUCCUCGCAUCGAAGGAAAUAAGGCUCUAUAGCACUAGCGUGAUGCACGCGAUCACACCCGCGACUUAAGUAAGCGUUGUCUAUUAACUCCAUCCACAGUUUGCGACGAUAGCUCGUCGACACUGAGCGUCACGAUCCGUUCUAUUGUCAAAAGCAAAAGUUCCCCAAUGACGUCUGAACCGGCACUCGCCCGACGCAGUGUAAAACAUUGUAAAAUCACACGUAAUAUUUACAUUAUAAAAACAGAAAGAUCAAUUCAACUAUACAAAGAAGCUUGAGUAACGUGUAAUUUAAUUUCACUAACAUUAUAAUCCUAUAAAAUAGCCAAUAUGGUAACGCAACCAACGAAUGUCUGUGAAUGUGUACUUAAUGGUCGUUAUUUGAAUAUUGACGUGUCAGCAUCGACUGUUUAUUCAAAAUUGUUGGAAUGGAAUUAUUACAAGUUUAGAGUUUUUGGGAUUCGGUGUAUCGUGAGUUGGUGCUCGAGCGACAGGCGCUACUGCCUGUUUUGUCUGCGAUGCGCAACUUAGUUGAAUGUUUCUAAUUUUCUAUUCAUUACUUGCUUAACCUAUCCAUGGGUGUAUCCGGUCGCUGUACAAAAUAUUAUUGUUGUGAAUCAUUGUACGCGACUAUUAGAGUGAGACAACACUAUAAAAUGCUCAAAUUGUUUCGGUGGUAUGAGGGAUCCACUCACGUUGAAAAUGUUACUGGGGUUAUUCAGUCCUACCACGUAGCUAGUGUAAGAUGCACUUAUUUGUUUGAAAAGCACGUAAAGUUAUCGAGUCGUAGUGAUAGCCCCUCGACAACACAUUCUAAUAACAAUGGAUACAUUUGAGCGCCCCUUUAUAAGAUAUAACUCGUUUCAUGAAAUUGUCAGACGAGAGGCAAAGCGAUCAGAAACGAAAUGUUGAUUUAAAGCGACUCUUAGAGUCAACACAACUAAUUUUCUAAGAAAUAUUAGUGGAAAUAUUUUUGUGACUCCGAUGCCAGUUAAAUAUAACAGAUUGUAAUCAAAAUAUUUAUUGACAAGUUAUGUCUGUUGUAAGAUGAAAUGUUGGUUGGAUGUAAAUCAACAGUGUAUCACAAGAAUAGAGUAAUGUUGUACUUAAUUAUUAUCGUCCGUCGCACUGUGCUUUUGCGCUGCACUGUAUGCUACGUGUUGGUGUAUGUAGGUAGGCCCGUGCGUGCCGGCGAGCGCGCUGCGCGGACAGUAUUCCCAGCGCGGCGCGGCGGCGCUCGCACCAUCUAACAAACGAACAAUGCAGUAUUUUAUCGCUUAACAAACUACGUAAUUGUAUUAUAGGGUUUUGGAUAUAUUUUUCCUUUUUGUAUAUAAUUGUAAAUUUGUAGGAUAUUUACCGUUCGUGGAUCUGUUUUUUUUAUACUUUUUUUAUUCGUGAACACAGACAGGUGUGUAGGUAGGGGAGCUAAUGAUAUUUUCGUUCGUUCAUUAACUUAAUUUUCAACUUAGGAAAUUUUGCGUACUUACAUGUUAUUACUUGUUUAGUUAUACUUUAUGUUAAUUAAGUUAUUCUGUUAUUAAUUUCUUUUUUUUUUUCGCCUAAAGUCAGCCUGUGCUUAUGAAGUUUUCUCUUGGCUGAUUGGUGAUAAUAAACGUACAAGCAUUCAGAAAUAUGCCUUUCUCAUGGAAAUCUAAUACAGUACAAAUGGUAUAAUGAUUUUCCUAUACGACCACAACAUAAUAGAAAAGUUAUUCGUGUUACAUUCCAGGUUGUUCACUAAAUUCGAUAAUGUAGAUGAAAUAUAUAAUAAUAUAAUGCAUAUCAGUAGCUAAUGCAUAAAUAUAAUCGCACCUGUACUUACGACUUGUAAUACUUAAUUGUAAAAAUUAUCUAAUAGAAAAAGGAUAGAAGAUCACAGAAGCAUGAUUCUAAAAAUUAAACCAAAAAAACUUCUGGAGGUAUAACUUUAGCGGAUAAUUAUGUCUUCGACGUCUUAUAAUGAAACAAUACUUUGUCCAUUUUCUAUCUAUAUUUUCAAACUUCUGUGCUCUUCUGACACGCCACCUUGAAGGAGCGACUUAAAAUUGAGACUUAAGUAACAAUAUAAUUUAAUUGUUGACGUAAAUGGUGCUGAUUCUUGCACACACCAUCUAAUUUUAUGUUAAGUUAUACCUGCCAUUUUCUUAUCCCCUGAAAAAGAAAGGGACGGGUAAUCGAAAGGCAUAAAAUUUGUGGAACACACGUCAAUUUUAGACAAAAAUUUGAAAAGCCCUAAAAUUGUAUAUUGGUCAAUAACCUGACGGAAUUAAGUUGAGAGCACGCGUCAAACGAGAAUCGUAUAUGAACGGGAUGCCUAUUGUAUUCGCCUGGGUCAUUCGUCCCUUUCCUUUUCGGCGGAUAAGAAAAUGACAGGUAUAACUUAAAAUUAGGAGGUGUCUGCAGGAAUUGUGGCCUAUGUUUAUCUUAUGAGAUCUAUCGUAUUCCUACGUGACUGGAAUCUAUCCUUUAAUAGUACUUAAAUCUAUUGAAGCUUUAUACUGACAGACGAUUUAUCUGCAUUUUGCUAUAAAAAUCCUAAGCGAGCUUUAUUUUGUAUAGAUGUGCUAAAAUCUACUUAAGCCGUGGGUUCAUAAAGCUUAAUAAAGCGAUUGUCAGUAUAAAACUUAUAUUAAUACUCAAGUAACGUGUAUAAAAGGCAACUGCGAUUGUAUAAUUAUCAAUAUAUUAAAUGUGACAAGAAUUAAUUCUAUCUAACAGCAUUGAUUUACCACUACCGUAGAUACAGCGCUUGAUACAAAAAUGCGGUGAAAACUUGGCGCUUGUUUAACUAUAUACGUACAUUCGUACACAGCGGUAUAAUUAUAUAUUCAAUACAAUCGUAUGAAAUUAAGAAAGUACGCAUCGUCUUAUUACGUAUAUUAGCGCGUGGUGAUUCGCAACGCGGUCGGGUUAUACUGCGACUCGGAUUGACGUACUCCCGAGUACUUGUUUUAGUGUAUUUUAAACAAAAAUUAUAAUUUUGGUGGAUUUUACUGCGAUUAAAAUGUUUAUACUAUGAUAACAUGCACAAUGUCAUUACUUAUUAGAAAUGUAAUGUUCCAUCCUUAUUUUUUCGCUUUGAGCUUCUAUUUUUGCAAGUUUAUACCACGCAUUUCCCCGUGUUGCCAGUUCGGCGUCUAAUCACGCACUGACGUACUGUCAACCAACGUCGCUAUACUUUGCGUCCCACUUUUUGAGCGCUGAUGUUCAAGCUACGGUAGUAGUAAAUCUAUGAUCUAACGUGUUAAAUCUCUGAUAAUCGUGUGACGUGUACCAUGUAAUUAUAAUUGUACUAACUCAGUGUAUUAUCGCAGGGACGAGGUUACUGCCAUAGCCAUAGCUGUUGCAUUCGAUGUCUAUAUAACAGAUGUAUCCAGUUGACGAUAUACUUAUACUUACUUUGGGCGUAAAUAUCAAAAUUUGACUAUCAGUCUUACAUUGAACUACAUACUAGGACAUACCCACAACAGUAACUAGCGAUUUUAAAAACUCUGAUUUCAUUUCCGCAUGAUUUUAUUAUAUUGGUAUUUGCGUCCAAAUUAUAUACGUUGUGAUAACUGUGAAUCGUAGGUAAGAUGUAAUAGAAUAUUUUGAAUACGUGCACAUAAACAAAUGAAACGGCACCAUAUUUUAUAAACUUAUUAAAGUUACUCGCUGUUACAUACAAAGUACAUACAUUAAACCCUAGGAUAGUUUGUACCGAUACCUUAUUCUGUGACAUGUUUUCUUGUGCCCGCCAAACUGCCGCUUAUUUAUUAAAAAAAGAAAAUCUAUCGGACAAUUUGUACUUAAUUUAUCAAAAUUAAUGUUGUUUCGAAAUUUUUGUUGGGUGUUAAUUUAUAUUCUACAGUGAUUUUAUCGUAAGCAUGUAAAUAUCCGCGCAUAUAUGUAGAUAUUUUAGAUAAUGAGAGUUCAAAUAUUAUGAAGAAUAAUAAAUAUUAUGUUUAGUUGAAA